GCGAGCAGCCGGCCCUGACACACACGGACGCUCCGGUUCCUCUCCUCUCCUCUCCGGAGCAGUGCGCAGGGCUGGAAAACGAUCUGCCGGGAGUAGAGAGAGAGAGGUGAUGUCCCGGCAGGCAGCACCGGGAACAGACCGCAGGGAGAAUGUGAGCGGAUGUCAUUGCUCUGCUUAUGUCAUGUUCGGACCGAGCGCAUUCAAAGUGGGAACCGAUAAAACGGCGACAGGAGCACGGAGGAUGUGUUUCUCUCAUCGCAUAUGCUGAAUCUGUUUUGACUCGACUCCAAAUGUAGCGACGGACUACUUUCUUCUCCUUUUACUCUUUGAGUUUUGCCACAAACAGAAACUUUGUUGUUGUUGAGUCGAACCGGAGAUGGAGCCGGAGGAGGGGAAGAUCUCCGUGUGGGUCUGCCGGGAGGAGAAGCUCGUCUCCGGGCUCACCAAGCGGACCACCUGCGCCGACGUGGUCAGGGUCCUGCUGGAGGACCAGAACCUGCAGCAGGGCGCCUCGGCGGCGAUGCUGUCCGGCUCCCCGCAGUCCUACUGCGUAGUGGAGAAAUGGAGGGGCUUCGAGAGGAUUUUGCCCAACAAGACCAAAGUCCUCCGGCUGUGGGCCGCCUGGGGGGACGAGCAGGAGAACGUGCGCUUCGUCCUGGUAAAGAACGAGGCGUCGCUGCCCAACAACGGGCCCCGCAGCGCCGAGGCCCGGGUGGUCCGGAGCCGGGAGAGCGGCGGCCCGGGCGGCGGGCUGAGGGGCACCGCCAGGACCUGCUGGACCGCCGCGGCCGCCGCCGCCAACCUGUCCCAGGAGAAACAGAGGCGCAUAGUCAGGAAGGCGUUCAGGAAGUUGGAUAAGAUGAACAAAAAGAAAGAGCAGCCUGUUUCUAAAGAUCAGGGCUCCGCGGAGAAGAUGGAGACGCUGGUUCACAUGGUGAUCUCCCAGGACCACACCAUCCGCCAGCAGGUCCAGAGGGUCAAGGAGCUGGAUCGGGAUAUCGAGCGGUACGAGGCCAAAGUGCACUUCGACCGCAUCAAGAGACACGGGGUGAACUAUGUGCAGGACACAUACAUGGUGGACUCCUCUUCCUCCUCCUCGGAGGCUCCCGCUCUCUCGGACUGUAAGCAGCAGGACGCGCGGUGCGCGGCGGAGGCGGUCGCGCAGUUCGAGGAGUACGCGCGCCGCUGCGAGGAGGUGGUGCGGCUGCAGGAGGAGCUGACGGAGCGCGAGGCGCUCGUGGAGUGCAUCACCGGGGAGAUCCAGGAGGAGCUCAACCGGCGGUGGAUGAAGCGGCGGCGCGGCGAGAGGGGAGCGGACGCGGUGAAGGUCACGAGCGGCGUUGCGGAGGAGAUGCGCGCGGCAGCGUCUCCCGCCGCUCCACCUGCAGAGUCAGAUGUGGACAGCUUAUCCGAGGACGAGUUCGUGCUGGAGGAGGAGAGGAUCAAAACGCAGCUGGACACCAGCCUGUACAUCGGCCUGCGGCUGAAGACGGACAUGGACGCCAUCAGGGGGGACCUGGACCUGAGCAUGGCCCUCUGGGAGACCAGGGAGAGCGAACUUCUGGACCUUCUGGCCAAAGUUGAGACCAUGGAGAUAGAGCAGGCGGACAGCACACUGACUGGUGACAGCGAGGCGGAGCCGGACGCGGCGGGCGCCGAGGACGAGCCUGCGUCCGCGGAGAAGAGCAGCGUCUGGGUGGAGCAGGCCAGGGGUCUGUCCAAGGCCUGCAACACAAACGACGAGGACUCGGACACGGGCCUGAGCUCCAUGCACAGCCAGGACUCCGACAACCCACCCGUGUGCGAGUCGCUGGUGUAAACUCGCUUUUUGUUUGCGAGCACGUUUUUACGCAACGGAAAGCCACAAACUCAGGGGCAGAGAGAGUCAGUGUUGGCAAUACCAGGGAGAUGUUCCUCCCUACCCAAAAUGCACCUCAGCAUGGAUACUGUAUUCUAUAGCAAUAAUUCUUAUACGUAGUUGCACAAUAAGCUAGGAGGCAUGCUUAAGAAGGUUUUAUAGGCCUGUUGCUCCAUUGCUGACCUUUGACCUCCAUGAGAGUGUCAACAAAGUACCACUCGUUAAGAGAAACAGCUCUAGAGGAGUGUGAUGAUAAGCCACUUUAGUCUGUAGUCUGCAGCGAGAAACUAACUUUGAGGUAAGCUCGGGUUGACAAAGAGUUAAUGACAGCUUGCUUUUUUUGUCAGGAUACAGUCUGACUUUCUGCUGAAGCCACUGGAAGUUAAUAAAGCUGAGUGUUGUACUCUGAACGGACAGGUUUCCUUUAAAAGGUCGUCAUCAAGAGCACCUUAAUGCAGCAAAGUGCUGUUUGGGUCAGCUACAAAUGUGCUAUGAAAGCUCUUUUUCAAUGCAAAAGUUGGGGAUCAGUUCACUGCAGCCUCUUUAAAGUUAAGAUUCAUAGCCAGUCAAAUACCAGAACCACUGCUACUCUAAAAUUUGAUCCGUGUCUGGAAAAGACUUUGUGGAUCGGAGUUGUUAACACUGAUCCAUAUCCUGCUGACUAAGCAGAGUACAUCGCUUUGACAUUGUCCUCAGUAUGAAUAGUGUCCGUCUUUAAAGCACAAAAAAAGGUCCUAUUUAUUAAAUAAGUUGAGAGCUGAGUCAUAUCCUACACGCUGUGAAUAACGUGGUGCUUACUUUAGGUCGUCGCAGCUCCUCUGCGGCUGUUUCACUGUUGUUUUAAAGCAGUAGUCCUCAACCUUUUCUGGCUUGUGGCCCUUUAAAACAAUACCGACCCCCUCAUCAAAAGUUGCAUAUUUCUCUGAGCUGUGAGCAUUUCAAGCAAGCAAUCAUUUAAAUUGAAUAAUUAUAGACACCUAAAAAAUAGAAAAUAUCCUAAAACAUAAUUUUAUGGGGCAUAAUAUUUUUUUUGUCUUCUCUUAACUUUUUAAUGUUAUUAUUCCUCCAGAUUUAUAUUUUUACAUCCCUGGUUUAAAUGUGGUAAAAAGCCAAUUCAGUGUGGUAUCUUCCUGGUAAAACAGCUGUGUUUAAAGGGGCACUCCAGCGAUUUAGUGUCUCACUCCCAUCAAUGUGAGGGACUCACAAGAGACAUAUUUAAAAAAGAAUGGUCGAAAUUCAAGCUGCGCAGACUGAGAUAUCCUAAUUUCUUUGUUCCUAGUAAGGGUCAAGCCCCUCAAAACACAGGAUUCUACAUUUCCCAUAAUGCAACCUUAUCUUUAAUUAGACCCAGGCUUUCUGUUAAAAAUAUAAAAUCUCCCCGUGACAAGUGAACCUAACGUCAGCUUGGCAGUUCUGACGGUGGCUCGUUUCCCCCGAUAAGCAUCUCUCACUCAACAGUAAACGAGGAGCAGACGAGGAAAGCUUUACGUUUCCGUGAAGUUCAAAACGAGGAAUUAUUUCCUCCGUCAGAAGGACGGCUUUAUCAGAUGGCGCGAGUGAUCGUGUAAGAAAAAAUGGAACACAUCAGGAAUGUGGGCCUGCCCAUUAGAUAUCUGCGGUUCAGCAAUUUUAUGGUUCUGAUUAUAUCCUUAUCAUUUCAUUAACAAAUGUAUUUAACAAUAUAUGGGGAGCCAGGAAGUCCAAAAACACUUACAAUUACCAUUGGGCGUCAUGUGUUUUUGGCCUCCUUGGCUCUUCCUACGUUACUCACUUGAUGAUGCAGUGCUUUUAUCUAAGUCUUAAUAAUGGUGCCAGGCCCGCACGUUCUAGUCUACCUGUGAGUACGAACACCUUGUACGAUUUGAUUUUUAAGAAGUUUUCAGACGUCCCACAGACGUGUCUCUGAACGCUGUGACAUUAAGGGUAAACUAUUUUAAGCCUCAGUUCACUUUUUUACAUCCUGGAAAAAAAAAAAAGUUAGCUUCCCUUCGGAGCAGCAGAAAAUUCAAACAGAAGCUAGCAGAGAACUUUCGAGAUCGUCCUUAAACUAAAUCUCUGUUUUGUGUCAGGCUGUUGUGAUGUCAAGUCGUAUACAUGGUUGACUUUUGUCUGACUGUAAAAUGUUGAGAACGAAUAACCUUGUAACACACUGAUGAAACCUAUUUCUGUGGAGUUAGCUGUUGGCUGUAUCCAAAUACCAAAAUGUGUAGCUGAUUUAUACGUCACUUGAUCAGGGACAUUUUAUGGGGCCUCUCAGUCCUCGACAUUCAGCCUGCUAGGUGGCUCUAGAUCAGCAACUCUUGUGGGGCCACACUGGACGCACUGUGGCUGCAUCGCAACGCCAGUCGGCACAUUAUCUCACAUGACUGUUAGUGUUUAAAUAAAGAGCAAAAAC